AUGAUCCAUAAGCUGAUCGAUGCCGGCGAUCUCAAGAAAUAUAUUCAGAAGGCAGAGACCAAUGAUAAGGCCAAACGAAACAAACAAGUUCAACUAUCUGAAGGUAACCGGACACUCAACAUUAUUUCCUUCUCUGAGCCCGAUGGCCCUUCACUGACUGCACAAAUAGGGAAAAGAUUAAGAAAACAAUUCGAGGACUAUUACGAGCUGUACAAGAUCGAUGGAGUAGAAGUUGAUGAACACGAGGAUUGGAUGGACGCGCCAAUGAUAUUCGACGCAGAUGAUGUCGAAGAAGAUAUGGAUGAUCAUAACGAUCCCUUGGUUCUCACAUUACCAGUGGCAGGAUGCAAUGUCAAGAAUAUUUUUAUUGACGGGGGAAACUCAUUCAAUGUGUUAUUUUACGAUACGUUCAAGCGAAUGGAGUUAAAUGAUGAACAAUUGAUGUCUUCUUACUUCACCAUCUACGGAUUCGAUGGUUCCCCAACAAAUCCCUUAGGGGACAUUGAGUUAGAAGUAAAGGCCGGACCGAUGAAGGUCAACGCACUAUUCAGCGUGGUAGACACCCCAUCCCCCUAUAAUGCUAUUAUCGGCCGAAAAUGGGUGCACAAACUCAAAGGAGUAGCGGCAACAUAUCAACAAUAA